UCCCUAGCAACGAUGUUCCUAGCAACUGUAUCCCUAGCAAUAUGCAUCCUUAGCAACAGGUGUCCCUAGCAACGGUGUCCCUAGCAACAUGUGUCCUUGGCAACAGAUGUCCCUAGCAACGGUAUCCAUAGGAAUAUGCGGCCCUAGCGACGGUGUCCGUAGCAACGGGUGGGGUCCAGGAAGUCAUAGGAGAACAUUCAGGGAACCUAGUGAAAAAGUACUGGAGAGAAUGAGUGAUUGAAUGACGCAAGAAUAAGAAUGAAUAACAGGAAUGAGUGAUUGAAUGAGGUAGGAAUGAGAGGUGUGAAUGUCUGACUCCCCCCCCCCUAGGUGCGUGACGUCAUUUAUGGACAGCUCCUGAGGUGUUCAGGUGUGUCUGGGGAGGGUCAGGAUGACGACUGAUGAGUGGCGUCAGGUGUGUGGUGAGUAUCUGUCACGGGGGCAGGUUUCCGAUGAGUGUUGAAAGGCGUCAACAGAGGCUGGGGGUGCAGCCAAUGGGGGUGAGAAGCGAGGACGGAGAGACGCGUUAAGAGGUGGGGGGUGGGGGGGAACACAACCCCACCCUUCGAGUUUCAAAUCCGAGUCAUUUACGAAACGCGCUGCUGGUGCCUGCCGCUGCGGUUUGACCGCGCCGGCCUCUGUAACACGUGCGCGCACUGCGGCACGUGGGAAGCGAGAGAGAGGUCCCCGCUUCCUGACACCGCGUUCCACCAUCGCCUCGCCCCUCGUCUAAGGAAGGAGUUGUGUCCCUUGCGGUUCUUGGAGCACUCUUGAAUUCAUGGAGGGGAGGUCCCGCGGAGGAGGCGCACAAGGGAGAGGAGGUGGGCGGCGACAAGCAAAGAAGAGGGAACGCAUCAUGCGCCAUCAGCCGAAGAACGUGGUCUUUCCAGCUGUGGAGGGGGGUGCUGCUGAUAGCUGUAAAGAUGACAAUGGUGGCAUUUCCUUCCCAGCAGCAGUGGCUCCUUUCACACCAUGGUGUCAGGAGCACAGCGUUGAUACUGGUCCUGAGGGAGCGCAGAGGCAGGACACUGACAAAAGCUGGGCUCUGGGGCUUCAGCAGCUGCCCGAUGUUCUCACAGCGGAGUCGAUGGCCCAUGCACGCGCCGCGGAGAUGCUGGCCAUGCUGCAGGCGGUGAAGAGGAAGAGCUCGGUGCGACGAGUCUUCCAGACGCUGCCCACGCACAUGCGGCGCCGCGCCAUGAGCCACAACGUCAAGCGGCUGCCAUGCCGCCUUCGCGACGCCGCCAAGAGGGAGAUGGAUGAAUCCAGUGCCAAGGCGAAGGUGGUGCCCAAGUGCCGCUCGCGUAAGGCGCGGCGUCGACACGGCAGCCUGCUGCUCGACUACAACCGGCGGCAGCGGCGCCACAUCUGGCUUGAGACGCACAUCUGGCACGCCAAGCGCUUCCGCGUGGCCGAGCGCUGGGGCUACCGGCUUGGUUUGCAGCCCACCACAAAGACAUACCGCAGCGCCUACCGCGCCAUGGCCCAGCGCUGCCUCCUGCAGGAUGUGUCUUACUACUGCUGUCUGGAGCUCAAGGGCAAGGAGGAGAUGCUCCUGGGAGUUUUAUCCACACUGUGCAGCCCAGAGACAGGCACUUCUUUUGAUGGGGCGGAUUACCUCGGUGGACAAAGGCAGGGGUCCUUGGUGAUGUACAGAGCAAAUGGCUUUCCCACCCAACCGCUGGGUCCUGUCACCUUUUUAUGGCGGCCAUUGCAAAUGCCUGAUGAACGAGAGACGAAUACGGAGCACCGGCAGCUAUGGAUCUGGGUCCAUCCUGCCAUGAAAAAUGAGGUUUUGUCUGAGCUGAAGGAGAAUUUCAAAUGCUUAGAGCCAGUGUUAGAGCCACCAGACCUCAAAGUCACUCCAACACAGACUCCAGGUGUCACCGGCCCAGCGGAGGGCACUCAGUCAUCCGCUGAAGCCUCCGGCAUACAAGCGGCAUCCGCACCGCAGCGAGCGCAGCUUGGCGAGACCUCCGCCGCCCGUAAAAGCGAAAUGAAAGCGGCGCUGCCGGAGGCGGUGCGCGGUGCCAGAAGGGGCAAAGCGAGUGGGACGAGGAAGCGGCGGGCGGAGGACGGCGAGCAGCCCGGAGCUCCUCCGGCGAAGCGCAUUUACGGGGACGGAACCCGCGGUCCACGUGAGCCCAGGAGCUGGAUGUCGGUUUCCACAGGGACUGCUCUCACUGACCUGACAAUGGAGAUGGUGAGGUUUCAGCUGAUCGGUCCCCGCUCCGGAUUCAUACUGACACACGCUCUCCGGCCUGCAGACAUUCACCACCACUCUGAAGGCCAGGGCAAGACUUCAUGGUGGCUGAAAGUGUGCAGCGAGCCGUCGCACGUCCUGCAGCAUGAGAAUCAGGGACAAAUCUUCCAGCUUCUAGCCGGGUUGGGCAGUGCCUCGGACGUGCCUCCAGGGUGCGUGCUGGGUCUGACGGUGGGCGACCCACGCCUCGAUCUCCCCAACAAGCGGACGAUACCUGCGGACCCCCCCAGCAUCCCUCCUGCGAGUGGUGGUGCCGCAGCUUGCAACAACGAAGCGAACGCGCUAGCGAGGAGCCUGCAGGACGGACACGCGCAGAGCUGGAUCUGGGACCGCUCCGUCCGCGAUGAGGUCACGGAGACUAAGAUCUCAGAGCAGGAGCUGAAUCGCAUGCGCCACAAGGCCCUGGUGCCGGGCACCCGUCUCAACCUGGGCGCCAGGGAGUCGAGCAUUCCCGCGCUGCUGCUGCAGCAUCCAGGCCGGCAGGCGGGGGCCGGGCUGGCGGGAUGGGGGGCUGCGUGGGACCUGGUGCUGCCCAAGGCGUGGGGCAUGGCCUUCUGGAUCCCGCUGGUGUACCGCGGCGUUGUGGUCGGGGGCCUCCGCGAGGCGGAGCGGCACUCGCAAUACCAGGGGGCGCCUUACUUCCCCUGUGAUUUCCCGGACUGCCCCGCCGGCUCGCGCCACGACGCGGAGAGCAAGGAGGCGGCGAUCGCCAAGUUCAAACGGUACCCACCAGCCAAGAGGCCAAACUACGUAAAGCUGGCAAUGCCUACGCCCUUCCACUUCCCGUGGGAACUGCUGGUGCACGAGUGGGAGCUCAUGGGCACGGAGUGGAGUGUGGAGGACGAGGAGAAACCCGAGACGGAAUCUGUCAUGGAGAUGGAGUCUCCCUCUAUCGACCCAAAUUUUGGAGCCUCGUUUCUGGGCCAGACAAAGUCUGAGCUCGCAGAGGAGGCUUCUGAAGUAGAAGCGGAAGAGACUCGGGAAACCUCCGAAGUCUCUGAGAAAGAGCAGCGGGCAGAGGUGAGGGGGUGCGGCACUGCAGGAGAGGAGAUCACGGCGGGAGAACUCGUGUCGGUGGAUAGGGAGCCAAGCUCGGAGCGCGUGGAGCCCGGAUGUGAGACGGGCGACGGCAGAGAUCGCGUGGAACAAGAGCAAAAGAUGGAGUUGCCUUCAGUCAACUCCAUAAGCGAACCAUUCUAUGUGAUCAGGAGCACGAGCGUGCUGACACAGCUCGCCCACUGGUGCCGCUCCCUUCCUCCUGCCACGGGGGUGGACGGAGCGGACUUGGCGCAGCAGCCCCUGACGACAGCUCUGGCGCUGGCGAUGUCGCGCGGCCAUCCGCGUGCGCUGCUGUGGGUGCGUGUCGACCCGCUCCAGCGCGGCUCCCCCGAGCCUCACGCCACCGUCGCCGUGCCCGACCCCGCCGACCUGGACCUCCUGCGCCGCGACCCAGCCUACACGGGGCCCCUGGAGCCCAGGUGGCGCGACGCUUUCCGGCUUACGAGGGAGGAGCGCAGGGCGGUGGGGCUGAGCAGGCGGAAGCGGCGCCUCUUUGCUGGUGGGGGCACGGAGGGCGGAGGGGAGGAUCGUGGCGGUGAUGGCGGUGUUGGUGGCGAUGUUGCCGAUGUUAGCAAGAAGGCCGACUGGAUCCUAGGGCUGCACCCGGAGCCCGUGGGUUGCGUGGCGUCGGCGUGCUCGCGCCCCACGCUCGGCUUCCUGACGCAGGGCGACUUCUCCAUGGCUGUUGGGCACGGGCGAGGGUUCGGGUUUGUGAGCCUCACUGGGCUCUUGCGAACACUGCUGCAGCAGCAGCUACAGCGGCAGCUUCAGCAGCAGCUACAGCAGCAGGACAAGGCUGCACCACUACCAUCUCCACCACACACUUCGCAACCUCGGGGAGUUCUGCUGCUCACACGCAACGUGAACUCCCUGCAGUACCGUUUUGUCCGGGUGAGCGUAGACGUCUAGAGUUUAUCUCCGCCAGGCUCGGCCAAAUGGUGUUACAGAUGCAGCCCAGAGGUGCAGAGAUUUGAGCAACCUCUUAAAACUCUUAUGGCUGCGAGUUCAAAUCGCAAUUUGGGUCAACGACUCAUUACCACCAAUGAGUUGAAUAGUAGAACUGAGGUUAUCCUGUGGAUUGAUUGGUCCACUGCAUAUGAAUGAGUUUGCACCCGAUUAGGGCCACCAACUCUCUUUGGCAGGUAGUCUGCUCACGACAGCAUCUUUACUAUUGAGGUUCAUUGAACAUCGCCCCCUACUGCAAAAACGUGGCAGGACCCUCAUGGAAGUCUUGAGACCUUAAGGAUUACCUGGGUGAACUCGUGCAAAUGAUAUACAUGAAUGAUCCUGGUUCCUGAAAAUGUUUAUUGUAUAUGGGUUGAGCCUCAUCUAUUCUAGUCAAGUAUUUUGCCUCUAUACAGCAAUGAAAUGGAACUGCCUGUUUGAUUUGUAAACAUUUGUUAAUCAAUCUGAGGGUGAACUGUAAACCAGCUGCACUUAAUCACAGGAGAUUGUUCUUCUUCUUGUUUCUUUCGGUAAAGUCACGUAGAAGGGAAGUAAUAAAAUAAUAAAAAUAAAACAUAAUAAAACAAUUCUCACGACGUUUCGGCUACAACGCAAGCAGCCGUCUUCAGGUGAAGAAUGAGACACUACCAAACUAGGAGCUUAUAUAUAAGCUGCAUUGGGGGUUGAAGAGCGCCUUAACAAAAAGAAUGUGCAUGUGAAGAGGGAUUUAGCAUAUUCAUGGAAAAUGCGUAGGCGUUGGGCGGGGGGGUGUCAAAGUCAUAUUAUGCCCAUGCAUUAUGCAGGAUCAGCAGCAACCAAGGGGGGUGCAGGGAUUAGCAGUAACAAAGGAAAGGAAUGUUAAUGAUAUGUAGCUGCAGUUACUCAACAACCACGUAGAAAACUAAAGUAUAAACUACAUAAAAAACUAAAGUAUAAACUGCAUCGCACCAUCAGUAUACUUACUAUACUCUAUAAUAAGCUGAGUUACUAACAGCAAGUAAUACAUUACAAUUUUACCUCGUAAAAAUUCUAUAAUAUGCUUCCAUCUAAACCUUAUUCUCUUACAUCACACGAGCAUAUACCGUACUAUAUACUGCCAUAGAUAAACCCAACAUUAAAUUAUAUACUGUAUUGCUGUAAACCAACCUAUAUCUUAUACACAGGAGAUUGGUCAAUUCCCUUGCAAUGGGCGAGUGUUCCCAAUAAGGGCAGCAGUUAUUUUAAUUGCGCAAAAAAAAUCACAAUUUUUAAUCAAGGCGUUUACAACAGUGGGAGUAUUAAAUGCAAAUUGCACGUGCAUGUUAAGCUGCUUUCAUAUGAAUAUCUCUUGGAAUCGAUGUUUAUUUGGCUGGAAUUUAAAAGGGCUGCAACAGCACCCCCCCAUACUUUCUUUGACAUUUGCGUGUGCUCUUCCUGCAAUGACCUCACAUUUCACACAACUGCCAACCCCCUCUGGCUUGAGAGGCCAUUGCUAUAAUAGCAUGCGUCUGUAAUAUUUCAGUUUUUCGCAUGACUGAACAUGUACAGUGUGUGCGAGUGCUGGAACAAAGUUAAAAGUUUUGUGGUCAAGUCGUAUUUGAUUAAAGUUGCCUUUGUCAUUACUUGGAGCGCAAUAUAUAAAAUGUCAAUUCGCUUCUCAAAGCAACGAUCGCAUGUAUAUGGGCAUUCAAUAAUUCAUUAGUUUUAACCCAUUUCAUUCUGUGGAUAUGCAUGAAAGCCUCUGCAGGUAUUUGUUUCCUUUGAAACAUGUCCCUGGCCAGAAUGAUUUGCCUGCGAUCAAUAAGAACUUUUGCUUGGCAGUCGGGGUCCUGUACCUGGCGUUCUCUCAAAAGCAUUUUGUAAAUGUAGUACAUGUGAAUGGGAAAUGCUUAGGUGGGGGUUUCCCAUGGACAAGCUGAUGCAGGAGCCAACUAGCAUACAAGCCAUGCUUAAUGCGUUACUGAAUGCUUGAGCAAUGCAUCUCUGCGGACCUGCUUGUCACCACCUGUACUUGUAAAUAAUUUGGGUCAUUGCUGAGGUGUUUGCAGGGUGAAUUUCUCAAGCAAUGGGUCUGAUACUUAAACCAAUGACUUGUGGAAACGCCUGCUGUAUCCAUUUAAGCUCAUUCGGCUCCGCUGCAUGGAUUGUGGUCGGAGUUCAUGCUAGUAAGUUCGUUUAGGACUCACAUUCCAGAAAGGCACGCAGUGGAAUAAAACUGACCACAAUCCUAAAUUUCGAUUGAAAGCUUUCGUGACUGCAGGGAUUGAUAUUCUUGGUUCUUUCGGUAAAGUCACGUAGCAGGGAAAUAUUAGUAUAAACCAAGAACACAAUCCUAAAAUUACAAGUUUAAAAUUCAGUGGUGGGUUUAGCUCAGUCCAUAACAUUGGUACCCAUAAAAUGAGCACAGCUUGUGAAGAGCCAGCAGUGGUUGUCAAGACAUUUACUCUUUAAAGCCGGUAAUAUAAAACAAAGAUGUGUUAGAAACCUGCAGUGUGGUGGUCACUAGUCAUCCAAUGAAUGGCAGGACUGAUCCUGUGGUGACAAUCCUUUGUUUUAGCGAAAUCACCCGUUGCAGGUAUUGUAUUACGAGCCUGAAAGAAUGUGAAAUUCCCACCACAUGGCUCCAUUCCCACUCAGCAUGAGUGGCAGUUUUAUUUUGACGAGUAAGGACACCACUAUGGUCUUACCUUUCUGUGAAACACAUACUUCCACAAACCAAGCAUUGCAUGCAUUGUAUACGUUUAAAGAUUUCAUACUUAAGAGAUUUGGGCCAUGGUGCUCAUCUCUUGAUGGGAAUUACACAUCGUAGGAGGUAUGUGAUGCUAUACAACUGUUAACUAUUGUCCACAAGGUUGGUACUUAUUUUAGCAGCCUCGGUAAGCAUGCUCAGAGUAACCCUGAAGCCAGCCAAAUAUUUUGAUUGCUGUGCCAUGUGAUUAAUCACCAGUGGAAAGCAAGUGCCAACUGGGACAAUCAGAACCCAUUCAACACAGGCUACUCCGACAGCUCAGUCUCCUAGUGUCAUCCCACAAUCCCAUGUUUCAGAGAAAUGGCCGGAUGAUGACAUUCCCAGACCAUUCGUGCCAAUUUCAGGUGCAAAUCAGUCUGGCCAAAUCGUAGCAAAUACAGAUGUACAGGCCUUUAUUAUGUAUUACACCAUAAACCACAAACCAUUCCUAUACACCAAAAAGGAACUUCGUGUUUGUUGGCGAUACAUUUCUCGUUCUCACUACAGCAGAAAGCAAUGUUCCAAUAUUUUUACAGGUCGACAUGAAACUGCAAUGUGCACACGUAUGUAAUUGUACAGUAGCCAGCUUAAACUGCUGGGGAUUUCUGGGUAAUAAAUCACCGUUUACCCAUAAAUACAUCUUGGUCAGCCUAUUGGUAUUCCAGACUAGCAGUCUUUAAAUCCUUUAUAUUAAGUUCACUUGCUUGCUUUGCGCGCUUACGACCGUGCAAAUAUUUCGGUCGUUUAACCCACUUCCCGUGAUCCAA